AUGUCUCUGACCCUAAAAAUCUCUCACAUUUCAAACCUCUCCAGCGAUGUGUUCAACACUACUGUAGAGCCGCGAAUUCAAUGCAGAGCCGGUCAAGCGUCGGUUUGCUUCCGCCGCAGCCCUGGUUUCGUAUCCGCACGGAUCCAUUGGAGCUCGGAGCUGUCUUCUCGGAGCUUUAGAGCUCGAUGCGUUGGAUCGGACGUGGUCACGAGGGAAAUCUCCGGCAGAUCGAAAGAUGAGACCUUUAGCGAGUUGGAGCCGGAACUCGACGGCGGUGACGGCGGAGGCGGAGGAGAUGACGGUGGGAUUAACGGAGGAAACGGGGGUGGUGGUGAUGGAGGCGGAGAGGGAGGUGAUGAUGGAGGGGAGGAUGAAGCUGAGGAGAAGGAGUUUGGUCCGAUACUGAAGUUCGAUGAAGUUAUGAAGGAGACAGAGCGUAGAGGGAUUGCACUACCUGAGGAUAUGUUGGAGGCUGCCAAGUCUGUUGGGAUUAGGAAGCUCUUCCUUCUCCGUUAUCUCGAUCUACAGGGAUCUGUUUGGCCGCUUGGUUUUCUGAUGAGGACAUGCACGAUGCUUCGAAACAGAAUGCUCGCAGAUCCUUCCUUUCUCUUCAAAGUUGGAACCGAGAUAGCGAUAGACUCUUGCUGUGCAACGUUUGCGGAAGUGCAGAAGAGAGGGGAAGAUUUCUGGUCAGAGUUUGAGUUGUAUGCGGCUGAUCUUUUGGUUGGUCUUGUGGUUGAUGUUGCUUUGGUUGGGCUUUUGGCUCCCUAUGCACGUAUCGGGAAGACAUCUUUGCCAUCAUCAACUGGUUUAUUUAGCGGCCUUAAGCGAUCUUGUGCAGCUCUUCCCAGCAGUGUUUUUGAAGCGGAAAGACCGGGUUGUAAAUUCUCGGUUAACCAGCGGGUUGCAACUUUCUUCUACAAGGGUGUCUUGUAUGGGUCUGUUGGAUUCGGCUGCGGUCUUAUCGGGCAGGGGAUUGCAAAUCUCAUCAUGACGGCAAAGCGGAGUAUAAAGAAGUCAGAAGAAGACGUCCCUGUUCCACCUCUAUUCGAAAGUGCUGCUCUCUGGGGUGUGUUCCUGGGGUUAUCUUCCAACGCACGUUACCAAAUCAUCAACGGGCUGGAACGGGUAGUGGAAGGUUCUACAGCAGCCAAACGCAUCCCUGUUGUUGCGAUGGCGUUUACGGUUGGAGUCCGGUUCGCUAACAAUGUAUAUGGCGGUAUGCAGUUUGUUGAUUGGGCUAAGUUAUCCGGCGUCCAGUAGUCUAACCGGCUCGGUUUUGUUUAGUCUGAUGGAGCUAUUGGUUAUUGAACGUCGUUAGUGGUUAGGUUAGUUACCGAGAGUUAUAGAAAGAGUCUGGUUCUUGAUAUGAACCGAAUUCUUCUAACCGGGUUACUCGAUACAACACUUUCGAUUUCGUUUUGCUAUCGUAGUUCUCCAGUUUCCUUUAUACUAGUAUGCAAUAAUGACAUUUUCAUAUCAUUGAAUAAGAAAAAUAGAAUGUUUCCAUUGUUAAA